AUGAAAAUCCCAUCUUAUCAAUUUGAUAAUAUCUCAUCAUCGGAUUUAUUGAACCUUGGUAAUUUUUCUGGAGUUUUUAUCAUUGCGAAUAAUAACUGGAUGGAAGAGAUUCAGACUGAGAGCAGAUCUAUUAAUAUUUUGAAAGCUCUUGCAUUAUUUGCUGCAUUUUAUGGAUUAUUAAUGGGAAUAUAUGUCUGUCUCUUUGGUUUUUCUGCGGUAACUCCCUGGGGAAUCUGUCAACGAACUUGUUGUAGGCGUCGUUCAAAAGAAAAAUUAUAUCGUCGUUUUGCUCCAGAUGACAUUCCAUUAAUCUCUCAAAGCAGAAUUCACAAAACGAUCCCAGAACGACUAGAUGUUGUGGAAAAUUUCAUAAAAUUAUUCAUUUUAAAUGUGGACGAUUAUGCUGACCCUGUACCAGAAACCACUGUCCCCGAAACCAAACCACCCAGUAGUAGAUUCACUUAUAUCGGUGGUGGUCCUAUUAAUGAUGAGAAACCACGAAGAAGAGCACAUCCCGUUUCAUUUAUUUCGUCAUUGUAUUCUACGUCAUCGUCUAAUACGUUAGUUGGUGCGCCGCCUGAUAGUUAUCAAACAAUCACUAAUGUAAAACCAUCUGAGACUAUGACGAUAUCCACACCAAAUAACCCUCCUUUAAAUCCUAUUGAAGAAGAAAUUACAUCAGAACCACCACAAACAACAAUAAAUCAAAAUGAUAGUAAUAGUUCUUCAAGUUCAUUUAUCGGUGCACCGCCUGAUAGUUACCAAACAAUCAAUAAUGUAAAACCAUCUGGUAAUAUGACGAUAUCUUCCCCUAUUAUAAAAGAAACUACAUCAAAAUCACCACAAAUAAUAAUAAAUCGAGAAAGCAAACAAAGUGAUAGUAAUAUUUCUUCAAGUCAUGGCAUAACGAAUAUUCAUGUGGAUCAGGAUAAUAACGAGUUAGAUCCUAUUGAGUUUGAUAGGCAUAGUAAUAUAAGCACUGAACGAAAAACUAUUUAUAUUGAUCAAGAAAUGAUCGACUAUGUGGAUGACGAUGGAAAACGUGUAGACAUCGAUCAAAGUACAUAUCCUGAUGCGUUGCUUGUUCUUAUUCAAGACGGGAAACAUGUAGAGCAUGAAGGGCAAUUGGGCAAUAUUACUGAAGUUGAAACUGAAGUCGAAACUGAAGUCGUUGAAACCGAAAUUAUUGAAACCGAAAUAGUUGAAACCGAAAUCGUUGAAACCAAAGUUAUCGAAACAGAAAUUGAAGAGCAAGUGGAAUAG